AUGUUCUACCAAGUCGACAAUCUCAGCUUCCGCUUCUCACCAGACGAGUUUGAGUCGAUCUUCGCUCUUGGCUACAACGCCAGUAGUGGCGACUCUUGCUUUCCCAAUGGCACAUAUUCAGUAAUUGGUCAAGAGGUUAACGGGAGGGAUGUGACGCUAGUCGAAGCUCUUGUCGAUACCGCCAAAGACUAUAGAGUGCUCUACGACGCUUACAUUGCCCCCACCUACAACUUAACAAAUGGUACUGCGGCAAGCACAACACUGCACGAGAUAAAGGAGACCGCCGCGUUCCUGAAUUUCCGACCUAAGCUCAGUUUCUUGCUGUACAGUCUGAUGGCCAUGGACGGCGGCAACGAGUAUUCUGAAUGCUCACUCACGAAUGCCAUGAUGGUGUACCCACGUCUGCUUGUUGGAAUGACCGAAGACGAGAUCAGGACGUCCAUCCGCGCCAGUAUUCGAUGGAACUUGGCCGAGUCUCUAGACUUUUUCACGUACACAUCAACUGGCGAUUUAGUAGUCGAAGGCGCAUACUCCAAAGGCCUGCGCGUCUUCAGUGGCCAAGAGGCGACGAUGCGUGCGUUGCGCGAGGCGGGAGUCGAAGUUUACGUCAUCAGUGGGUCCCCCGAACUCUUCGCAGAGGAAGCCGCCGAUCUCCUCGGACUUGGGUACAUCGUGCCACAGCGAAAUGUAUAUGGCGGUCGCUUUACGACUGACGCUGUCGGUAAAACAUCUUGA